AUGUUUAGAUUUGCAGUUCGUUCCGUUAGACCAGUCGCCAGACUUCCAGUAGCUUCCCGUUUUGUUCAACCAAUCCGUUCGUACGCUGUUGCUCCAAUCACCAAGGAUGAAGUUAUAAAACGUUCCUUUGAAGCCUUAAAGACUGUCGCUGCUUUACAAGAAUCUGAAAUCUCACUCGAAUCUUCUUUCCAAAAGGAUUUGGCCCUUGACUCUUUGGAUACCGUUGAAGCUUUGGUUGCAUUAGAAGAAGAAUUCGAUUUGGAAAUUCCUGACAAGAUCUCUGACGAAAUCAAGACUGUCGGCGAAGCUGUUAACUACAUCUUUGAAGAGGAACAAAAGUUGUAA